AUGGGUGGCACCUGUUCUAUGCAAAGGCAGAGGGCACUAUGGCGCGAGGAAGUAGAAUCAAACUCGGAGCGACGCAGAAGGGCAUCGACGAACAGCUCGUCGAGAAGCUCCAACAAUAGAGCUCAUCGCUCUUCUCGGCAUUCUGUCAUGUCGCCUGUACCUGAUAGAUGCAUUGCUUCCCUUUAUCCAAUGGAAGAUACCCGGGAAAAAGGUGGCGAGAAGUUGGAUCAGGGCAGGCUAAAGUCUUUGGCGCAGCUUUGUACAGAAACGGUAUGCCGCUCUCUGGUAGAUUUGCAGGGAGAACUACCUCCUGGACUCCCUCAGGAAGUCGUGGAUGAUAUUGUGGAAUCUCUUGUGGAGCAUUCCGCUCUCAACGCGACAACUCUUGGGGCACUCAAGAACUGUGAAAUUCGCCGUCUGCAUCUUUCAGGGUGUCGUGGCGUAACUGAUCAAUGGUUAGAACCGUUUGCUAAUGCAAACAAUGGCGGCCCAAUUUCUUUGGUACCGGGCCAGGUGGGAAAGGAGUCAGCUUGGUGCUUUCAUCCUGAUGGAACUGCACCACAGCACACCUCAAGGUCAAGAGAACACGAAUCCAUUGCCUCAUCGUGUUCACGUUCCACCUCUUCCUUUGUUUCCGCCAUUUCCAAGGUGGAACCCGAGUCUGACAUUGUGGAUCACACCUCUACGGCAGAAUUGGAAGCUCUCGAAAAGUACGAGGACACGAUUUUCUCUUUUAGCACUCUUCCUGAAAAUUCAACUGCUUCUGGUUUGACUCUUCUUGACCUUCGAGGGUCACCAAAAUUGACGGAUAAGGGGCUUUUGCAGCUGCCUGACUUGCCGGGUUUGGAGGUUGCAAAGCUGGAUGGCUGCCACGCCCUUAUUGGCAGGGGAUUGCUGGCCUUUUCUGCGUCGCAUAGAUUGCACACACUAUCACUUUCCAACUGUCGGCGCCUGACAGACGAAGCGAUCAUCAAUGUUUCUCACCUGGCAUCUAUGGAAAACUUGGUGCUGGAAGGGUGCAGGUGUCUAACAGAUCGGGCUCUUGCAGCGCUUCCUGGGCUUUCUCGGCUUCAAAAGCUCGAUCUGUCGCAGUGCGAUCUAUUGACAGACUCUGGACUAGAACACCUUGACUGUCUUGACAACCUGGAAGAAGUUUCUAUGGGUUGGUGCAGAGGAAUUACAAACCGCGGGAUAAAUAUUUUCACAGCGCAACCCGGCAGAGAGCGACUUCGCGUCUUUCACCUUGCAAGAUGUCUUGUAACCGAUGAUGGAGUCGAUUACUUGGGAAGACUUUCUGGUUUGGUAGAACUGAAUCUGAAUGGUUGCUCUCGGAUUGGAGGGCAUGCUUUGGCGCGGACUCUGGAACGAAUACCAAAGCUGGAGGUGCUGGAUGUGUCGUACUGUCCAGGCAUACUACGAACCUCUUGGCAGGGCAAAAUUCCAAGUCUUAGAACGUUAGAGCUGUGCUUUUCGGGCGUCCAAGAUAGUCACAUGGCGAAGCUUUCCGAUUUGCCCAACCUGGAAGAACUCAAUUUGGAUUCAUGUUGUGUGGGGGACUGGACAAUUGCUCAUUUAGCGGACAACAACGUGGUCCCGAACCUAAAGUCCUUGGACCUGAGCGAUACAGACGUUUCGGACUUGUCAAUGGUUCACGUUGCCAAGCUCACUAAGUUGACUCGGCUCUCCUUGUUUUAUGCCAAUAUCAGCAACGGCGGGUUACGGCACAUUUCCAACUUGACUUCAUUAGAGGUGCUAAACCUGGACUCGCGCGAGAUAUCCGAUAGUGGGCUCACCUACCUGCGAAACUUGAAGAAUCUGCGUUGCUUGGACUUGUUCUCUGGCCGUAUCAGUGACUCUGGUUGCGCUCACAUUUCACAGAUCAAGUCGCUGGAGGCCCUCGAGCUCUGCGGCGGAGGAAUUGGAGAUCUCGGCUGUCAGUUGAUUUCCGAAUUGGAGAACCUGACAAACCUCAAUAUCUCUCAGAACGACAGGAUCACUAACCGCGGGGCUUCCGCCCUUGCGCCGUUGACAAAGCUCAAGUCCCUCAAUCUCAGCCACACACGUGUGAAUGCAUCUGGGCAGCUUAGGCUGCCCAUUUCUUUGACUUCGCUUGCAAUGCUGGGCUGUGUUGGAAUCGACGACGCGAAGGCCGUGUCAGCUCUACAAUCUAGCCUGCCUGCUCUGAAGUGCCUCCGCCUGAAUCCGCUUUCAGAUGAGGACGGUAUGAUGUUUGGGGAUGAUGCAGCUGGUGCAUCGGACUCUUUGUGCUUGCUGCGCAUGCAAACGUUUGACCCAUCGACAGACGCUGCAUUGAGUCGGAGGGCUUUAUCUGCUGGCCUUCGUGACGUUGAUGACGUUGACAUUGCCAGUGAGUUGAGCACCAUGGACGACCGUGACGGCAACGACAUGGAAAACGAGAGUUUCUAUUCCAACCUUGAUUGA